AUGUCUGAAGCGAGCCCUCAGGGUAUCCAAGUAGAAAAUCUGAGAGCCACCCUUGCUGACGACCUAAUUCCUAAUGAGCUGCGGGACACAUUUAAUGGAAAGCUGCACUUUUACCAAAAGGAGACAGUCAACUUUCUAAUUUUACGCUACAAUGAAUAUAUGCGCAAUUUAGACAACCCAGACAUUAAGUCAACUCAGCAACACAUCAAGAAGCUCACUGGGUUCAUCGUAGGGCAUGAAAUGGGUCUUGGAAAGACGGUUAUGGUACUGUUUUUCUUGCGCUGCAUAAUCAAGCAUCCACACCCUGUGAUGCGUCCCCAGCGCAUUGUCAUUGUAGUGCAGAAAGUACUAAUCCCGCAAUGGAAGCAGGAGAUAAGCAGAUGGUGCCAAGCAAUUCCGCUUUAUACAUAUCACGGAAGCCAUCAGCAGCGCAGACAAAAGCUUAUGCGUGCGAAAAAUGAGCGCGUAUGCAUCAUCUUGACAACGUACGCAAUGAUAAGUAACGAUGGGGAAUACAUUAUGAGUGUUUUGAAAGAUACAAACCCAUCUUACUCCAGCCUUCUCCCAUCCGUAGCUUCUGACUCGUCUAGUAGCACUUCUAUUGAUUCCAUUUCUGCACAACCUAUAACAGCUGUGACUCCUAACGCUAUAGGCAAUGCCGAAACAGGAUCUACUGAUCAAGUGGACCAAGAGCUUUCCAGCUCCAGUAGCUUCCUCGACCCAGUGUCUGAGUUCUCUUGGAUGAUAAAGAAGCGAUCAGAGACUCCUGGGAAAAGCGCUGCGGCAGAGGCUGCACAUCGUUUAAAGCACCUUUCUCUUCAGAGUCCAUCUGAGCCCAAACCAAAGCAUAAUAACACUAACGAAAUCAUCCAUCCUUCUUCACAACUGCCCACUCUCCCUGCCUCACAGGCUCAAACAACAAAUAGCACUUCAGUCCAGGGUAAUGAUAGCAAUCCAGAAAAUCUCAUGUAUCUUGCUCCUCCUCCAUCCAGCAAGCUUCCAAAGCAUUGUAUAGACAUCCUUAUUAUGGACGAGGCGACCGCCAUUAAGAAUACUGCUACUAAGAUAUCACGGGGGUUGAAGAGUAUAGACGCAGGCUUUAAGCUAGCGCUGACCGGCACACCUGUGAUCAACAACCUGGGUGAGCUUUGGGCAAUCGCCGAUUAUAUUAAUCCUGGAUACUUUGGAAAUCGAACUCAAUUCGAUAAAAAUAUUGCUAAACCCAUUAAUACUGGCGAGCUUCAGGACGCCACGGCGCGCGAGAGGUUCAUUGCACAAAAGGUACGACGGGCUCUUAAAGCUAAGCUUUACCCCAUCCUCAUUCGCCGCACAACUGCAGAUCUUGGGUCCUUAGACGUCAACAAGAUAACCAUUACGUUCUGGAUCCCACUUAACGAAGUCCAGUUUAUCCUGUACGGUUCUGCACUUAGAGCAAAAGCUUUCCAGGAGAUUUAUUGCAACUCAUCCAACUACACAAAGAUGAUUUAUUUGCUGCAUCUCUUGCGUAAAGUGUGCGACAAUCCUUGUGAGCUAUCCACAGAGGACGCUGGUUUCUUUAAGGGUAACUUAGAAAAGGCAAUCCUUAAUAUAAAGCAAAAAGCAACGCAACCACAGGCCCGCGAUGGCGACUACCUGCAGAUUCUAGAAGACCUACAGAUAUCUAAGGCAUCAGACCAAGAUCUUCCUCAGCAAGACCCUCCACGCUUGGCUAGAUCAAGUUCCGCUAAUGAUACUGAUAUUCCUCUUAUCAAUGGUCAGCCUACCUUGUCUCACGACAUGGAACACGUCAAAAGAACCGGUGAGAUGGAUGCAGUAGAUACACCUGAACGAGCUGGUCUCAAUGAAGAAGAUAGUAGCGACAAUGAGCAGGACGCCCAAGAAUGGGCAUUGGCGCGCUCAUUUGAUGAAUACAUCCACAAAUCCCCAGAUCACUACGACCUUACGGUUCGGAGUAUCACCGCUCUCUCUAGCAAGUAUUCACUUUUCAUGGAACUAAUUACUCAUAUCAAGAACAACAACCAUCGUGCACUCAUUUUUUGCGACUACCAGAUAAUAUUCAGCAUGCUGGAGCACCUACUGUCCCAUAAUGAUAUUCCAUAUUUACGUCUUGACGGCACGAUAGCCGAUGUUUCUGAACGUGAUAGGAUCUGCAAAAGCUUCAACGCAAACAAAAGGUACACCGCUCUUCUCAUCUCAAUUAAGCUGGGCUCCAUGGGUCUUAAUCUUACUGGAGCAAAUAGGGUAAUUCUGUUUGCCCCUGCGUGGAGCCUGCAAGUAGAAGAGCAAGCGAUAGCUCGAGCCUAUCGAAUGGGACAGAAACACAAUGUGGUAGUCUACAAGCUGGCCUGCAUCAACACAUUGGAGGAGAAGAUGGUGGUGCGCCAACUGCAAAAGGCCGGUAUAGCUAAUGUAACACUCGACGAUGAGAAACACAGAUCUGUAAUCAAGAAAACUGAUUUGGGCAAUCUAUUUGAGUUCAGCCCUAGCAAAAGAUUGGAAGGGCAGUUGCCAGAGAAUAUUAAACAUCACGCAACAUCAGAACAUGUGCGGUGGACGAUUCAACAGGCGCUUGGGUCAUCAUGGUGCGGUGACGAACAAACAGAAGCGGAUAAGGAGUUGGAAUUUGUGAACUCUUUAAUCACUAGGGACUUUUGUAUCGAUGUGUCAGUGCUUGAUUAUCUACACAGUAAAGCGAACAUAGACAAGGAGAUGGAUAUCUCCGAGCAGGCAUCGUCGCAGCUGGGAGCAUCAGACUUUGAUAGAAUCUUAUCCGUGGGGCUAGAAGCGUCUUCCAAGCCGGAAGAAGAUAACUCAGGAGGAGAAAACCAUGCGAACCUGGUGUUCAUUUAUAUUGAGUCUCAUCGUACUAACUAUUUCCGAAGUAUCAUGGUAGCAAUCUUCACUUAUUGUAAAGUUCGACCAUCAAAUCUUGAUGACGCGCUGAAUGCGUACUCUAAACGAUUGCGUGAUAGCAUAUACACUAUGAAAAAGAACAGCAAUCACACCAGGACUUACAUACCCAGACCAUUUGUUCCAUUUGUGAAUCCAAAGAACCUCGCCCACGUUGCCGAGUGGCAGUGCUACCUCGCGUGGGCAGUUCUGAGGGCAUCUAUUCACACAGCCGACGCAGAAGCUUUCCCACCCGAACUUCAGGACUUCAAAAUAACAUCGCGUGAGAGACUAGCGUUCGCAACAUCCGACCCUAAGAUUCAAGAACUGUAUGCCUACUUUAACUUUCAGCUUAAUAGUAUCAUUUCUCACUUCACAAUUGAAAUAAAAGGGAGCCUGAUUGCAGAGAUGCCAGACAUUUGCGAGAUUUGCAGCACAAACACCGUGGAGGAAUACGUCAUUUACCUGCACAAUCUGGUUGUCAGUAGAAUCAAGCUCCUAAUGAGCAAUAAGAGUACCUUUAGACCCACUCCCACUUAUCCUGCAACGCUGAACAUAAUAUGCUCUUUGUGUCAAGCCAAUAAAAUACCUUUAGCAACUCUAAUUGCAGCAUAUGACAAUCCGCAGAAUUGGAUCAAUUCAAGGUUCAAGCAAGCGCCUCAGAUAGAAAAGGAGAAAAAGAAGAUUCCAUUACUCUGGGGCCCGAUGGCAAAUGAGUUUGAGAAAGUACAGAAGUCUACGCUGACUAAACUGCUACAGAAGAUGUAUGGUCAUAUCAAUUACGCUAUCCUUGACACAUGCCUACUUGAUUCUAAACCAUUGGAUCCAGCGGGUCAGGCAACAACUAAUACCAUAUCAUUAAGCGACGUCACAACGUGCUUUGAAGAUGAGAUAGUUAUCAUGCAAGCAAACGACACCUUCAGCAAGAUACUGAGUCAGUACCGCUUGAUGAGCAACGAGGUUAGGGCAGUAAUUCUUCAGGAUACUUAUCAGAAGCUAUGCCACUAUCAGACAUUACUGCCAGACAAUGCUCAUCACAUAGCUCCCGCCCAAUUUACUAACCUCAUCGCUGUGUCCGCGCCGAAUGCACCUCAGCAUACCUACGAACCUGAGUCCAAUGUUAGUGUUAGAGAGAAAUUGCAGACUGAGGCACAGCCCAGUGGUUCUAACGCGAAAGGCUACGAAGACGAGGAAUCAAUUGAUAUACUUGCGUGA